GUCACUUUGAAAGCAUGUUGUAGAGAAUAUGCUUUGUUCUUACUCAAAUCUGUGCAUUUUCUUUCACCGAUUACUUGAAUGUUAGAUGAGCCGUUGAUUGAGCUGUAUUAAGAUAAUGCUUUUUGUAUUUUCAGCUCGUGCCUCAUCUCGGAGUCUGAUUUUUGAACGAUCAAAGAUGUCGUCUAUUCAAGCUACCAUAACACCUGCUGUUGGAAAGAGUGGGAACCGUUCCUACUCUACGAAAUUGCUUAAGUCUGCCUUCUUUCCUGGGUUUGAUGUGGUUGGUCGUGUUUCCGGUGCAUGCAAGGAAUUACACCCUUCAUCUAUUACCUUAGCACCUAGAGCCACUUUAACCUUUGACCCCCCAGAAACCAGCACGGAGAAGGCCAAAAACAAGAAACAUACAGUUGAUCCUUCUUCUCCUGAUUUUUUGCCGCUUCCUUCAUUUGAGCUGUGUUUUCCAAAAAGCACAAAAGAACACAAGGAAAUUGUUCACGAAGAAACUGGGCACGUGCUCAAAGUACCCUUUCGACGGGUUCAUUUAUCUGGUGAUGAACCACACUUUGACAAUUAUGACACUAGUGGUCCUCAAAACAUUAGCCCCCGUGUUGGAUUGCCUAAACUUCGGAAGGACUGGGUUGAUAGGAGAGAAAAAUUAGGAGCACCAAGAUGCACACAGAUGUAUUAUGCCAAGCAAGGAAUCAUAACUGAAGAAAUGUUGUUUUGUGCCACUCGUGAGAAGCUUGACCCAGAGUUUGUGAGGUCAGAGGUUGCUCGUGGGCGGGCAAUCAUCCCUUCCAACAAGAAGCAUUUGGAAUUGGAGCCCAUGAUUGUGGGUAGAAAUUUCUUGGUCAAAGUAAAUGCAAAUAUUGGAAACUCUGCUGUUGCGAGUUCAAUUGAAGAAGAAGUUUAUAAAGUCCAAUGGGCGACCAUGUGGGGAGCUGAUACUGUCAUGGACCUCUCUACUGGUCGUCACAUACAUGAGACUCGUGAGUGGAUUUUGCGUAACUCACCAGUACCAUUAGGAACUGUACCCAUAUAUCAGGCACUUGAGAAAGUGAAUGGAAUAGCUGAAAAUCUCACCUGGGAUAUUUUCAGAGAAACACUGAUUGAACAAGCUGAGCAGGGUGUAGACUAUUUCACUAUUCAUGCUGGGGUCUUACUGCGAUACAUCCCUCUAACAGCCAAAAGAAUGACGGGAAUCGUAUCACGUGGAGGAUCUAUUCAUGCAAAGUGGUGUUUGGCUCAUCAUAAGGAAAACUUUGCUUAUGAACACUGGGAUGACAUACUUGACAUCUGUAAUCAGUAUGAUAUAUCCCUAUCGAUUGGUGAUGGGCUGAGACCUGGUUCAAUUUAUGAUGCUAAUGACACUGCUCAAUUUGCGGAGCUCUUAACUCAGGGUGAACUGACUCGUAGAGCAUGGGAAAAAGAUGUGCAGGUAAUGAAUGAAGGACCAGGACAUGUUCCAAUGCAUAAGAUCCCUGAAAAUAUGCAAAAACAGCUUGAGUGGUGUAAUGAAGCACCUUUUUACACUCUCGGCCCCUUGACUACGGAUGUUGCUCCUGGAUAUGACCACAUUACCUCUGCCAUUGGUGCAGCCAAUAUUGGGGCCCUUGGCACGGCUCUUCUCUGUUACGUGACACCGAAAGAGCACUUAGGAUUGCCGAAUCGAGAUGACGUGAAGACUGGAGUAAUAUCAUAUAAGAUAGCUGCUCAUGCAGCUGAUCUAGCCAAAGGUCACCCACAUGCACAAUCAUGGGAUGAUGCACUGAGUAAGGCAAGAUUCGAAUUUCGGUGGAUGGAUCAAUUUGCUUUGUCAAUGGACCCUAUGACUGCCAUGUCCUUUCAUGAUGAAACCUUGCCAUCAGAAGGUGCCAAGGUAGCCCAUUUCUGCUCCAUGUGUGGACCCAAGUUCUGCUCCAUGAAGAUAACUGAAGAUGUGCGGAAGUAUGCCGAGGAACACGGGUACGGGAACGUAGAAGAAGCUCUGCAGCAAGGGAUGGAUGCUAUGAGUGCUGAAUUUUUGUCUGCAAAGAAAACCAUUAGUGGUGAACAACAUGGUGAAACUGGUGGGGAAAUCUACUUGCCUGCAAGCUACGUGGACUCCAUGAAAAGGUGAAGGACCGCUAGGGAAGGAGAAAGGGUUUGAAGUGCAGGAGACUUGUUUGAGCGGACAGAUAAUUUAUGCCUGCUGCUUGAGUUUCCUAAUUCUGGCCAUGGAAGAGUACGAAGUUUAGCUUGUAUCUAUUCCCUUUUAUUGGCUGUAUUUAGUUUGUGUCUGCUUUGUGUCUCUCUAUCUGUUGGAACUAAGAAAAAAGUUAUUGCUGCUGUUCUUGAUGUCUUGGCUGUUGUGUCUCUUUCAUCA